CCGCGCGAGCGGGUGUCGCCACGGGACGAGAGUGUCGCGAGCCGCCGGCCGGCGCGUUAUGGACCUUGCAUGAGCGGGCGCGAGCGCGACCGCUGGAGCCGUCGGGCACGCCGGUCGUGGAGCGCGCGCCGUGGGCCCCGGGCGGCGCGGGCAUGCGCUUCGAGGGCGCGGAGCGGCGCGACGCCGUCGCCUUCCAUCCGUUGCUGGCACCGCGGCCAAGCGAUUUCUCGGUUUCGGCGCUGCUGACGGCGGGAGCCCUGCCGCCCCCGCCGUACCUGCCGGCCGCACUGGCCGCCGCCGCUGCGCUGUCCGCGCCUUGCCCGCUGCUGAAGCCGCCGCCGCCGCUGUACGCGCCGCUACCCCCCGACGACGACGGAGUCGUCGAUGACCCGAAGGUCACCCUGGAGGGCAAGGACCUCUGGGAGAAGUUCCACAAGCUGGGCACCGAGAUGGUGAUCACCAAGAGUGGCAGACAAAUGUUCCCACAAAUGAAGUUUCGCGUCUCUGGUUUGGACGCGAAGGCGAAAUACAUCCUUCUACUUGACAUCGUCGCAGCCGACGACUACCGAUAUAAGUUCCACAACAGUCGGUGGAUGGUCGCCGGGAAGGCCGACCCUGAGAUGCCCAAGAGGAUGUACAUCCACCCCGACUCACCCUCCACGGGGGAGCAGUGGAUGCAGAAGGUCGUCUCCUUCCACAAGUUGAAGCUGACCAACAAUAUCAGCGACAAACACGGAUUCGAGCUCAUCUAUAGCCAAAGCCAACGGAUGUUGUCAAAGUUGCUGUGGCCCAACCCGGCCCCUAGUGCGCCCAGAGACCCCCACUCAGAUCAUUUGUGUGUCACGCAGACGAUCCUGAACUCGAUGCACAAGUACCAGCCGCGGUUCCACCUGGUGCGGGCCAACGACAUCCUCAAGCUGCCCUACUCCACCUUCCGGACCUACGUGUUCAAGGAGACGGAGUUCAUCGCGGUCACCGCCUACCAGAAUGAGAAGAUCACGCAGUUGAAGAUUGACAACAAUCCCUUCGCGAAAGGGUUCCGGGACACCGGAGCGGGAAAACGGGAGAAGAAUCAUAACACGAGCAGUCUGUCCGUGUACCGCAGGCAGGCGCUGCUGACGGCGCGCUCGGACGCGCGGGACGAGGACGACGAGCGGCCGCUGGACGUGGGCGGGCCCAGCUCGCCGCCGCCCCCGCCCGCCACCACGCAGCACUCCACCAGCUCAUGGUUCAGUUCGAGUGGAGGCGGCGGCGGAGGCGCGGACUCCGGCCCCGAGGAAGUCAUCGAGGCUGGCUCGGACUCGUCGUGCUCGGGCGGGCCCCGCGCGUCGUCGCCCCCCGCGGGCCCCUCGCGGCCGUCUCCCGCGCCCGACGUGUCCCUGGGCCCGCCGGUGCAGCCGCCGCUGUUGCCGUACCUAUACCCGCCGUCGCUGUACCCGCCGCCAUUCUUCCCGCCGCACCAGAUGCCGCCGGGGCUGCUGUUUAACUUGCACCCGCUGCUGCAGCAGUACUCGCUGCCGCCGCCGCCUGCCCCGCCGGCGCCGGCGCCGCCACUAGGGAAGGGGCACCGGUUCGCGCCGUACGCGCUGCCCGGGCUGGGCUCGGCGUUCGAGCAGGUGGCGCCGCGCGCGCGCAGCCUAAGCUCGUCGCCGGCGCGCCGGCCGGGUUCGCCGCCGGCGCGCGCCGCGUCCGCCGACCCGCCGCCCGACGCGCCCACCUCGACCACGUCCAGCACGCCGCCCGCCUCCGACCUCAAGAGCAUCGAACGCAUGGUCAACGGGCUGGACGUGGAAACACAGGACUGACUCGCGACGUAGCCUUGUACAUAGCGUGUAUUUAUAUUCAGCCUCGCUCCGAAGUCACCUGAACGCGGGCGCCGUUUUGUAUCGUUCCUAUUUUGUUUUCCUUUCGAGUUCUAUUCGGGUCGAUUAGGGCUUAGUGCGAGUUUACAUCAAACGUCACUAGUGAGCGCGUUAAAAAAGUAUUGAAGAUUGAAGUGGACAGCCGCUUGGGCGGGCAAAAAUAACGAAAUACCUUUAGAAAUAAUAG